AUGCACGAGAACCCGAGUUGGAUCAUUGUGUCGAAGAAGGCGACGGCAGACAUCGGCUAUGAGGCCUUGAUUCCGGCGGUGGUGCUGACAGCUCUCGCUCUCCUCACGAUAAUAUUGCGAUGGUACUCUAGGGCGAAGCUUUCGGGUGUAUACGGUGUGGAGGAUGUGAUCGUUACGCUUGCUUUGAUCUUCUCGAUGGCCUUCACAGGCAUUGUGGGUGGCGAAUUCUCAAUCGACCUUAACAGCACGCACGACGAAGUCAAAGCUUCGCUCUUCACCACCAUAAUGAAGGCACGCUUCCAUGCCCCUUCUCCGUCUACCUCUCCUAAUGACCACUAG